AUGAGCGAAUACUCGUCCGUCUUCAGUGUCAAUGACAGGCUGGCCCUGAUUGACACGGACACUGACGGCGAGAGUUUCGUCAGCGACCACUUCGACACGCACAAGUACAUGAUGGCCGAGCGAUACGCAUACAGCCCCAAUCGCAGCUCCCAGGCCACCCUCACCCCUCCCGACUCGUCUGACAGGAAGCCCGACUACGAUAGCCUCAGCGGUGCCAACGACUCGGAAGCCUACAACAGCGACUACGACUACACCUCGUCUCUUUCGCGCACCGCCUCCAUCUCGAGCAGAUACUCCAUCUAUUCCUUGUCGCGCGUCAGUUUCGCCAGCCAACUCGCCCAGCUCAGUUCCAUCCAACUUCCCGAUGCAACCUCGUUAUCCGCACGUAUAUCAUGCAUGCCCACCUCGGCCAGCGCCGCCAACGCUUUGAAAGAUUCCUCGGACCAGAUAAGACGUUGGAUCCGGAAUGCACAUACCGUCCUAGAUGGCCUGGAUGCUGAAGACGAUGUUGAAUGGGCCGCUGCUGGAGGAAGAGAAGGACUGGACCACGUCGAUCGUGCAAUUGGUCGCUUCGACAAGGUCGUCAAACUCUACAUACUCUCUGUCGAAGAGCUGCAUCUGAGACAGGAUAUCGCCACNCUGCCCAACGAUCAGGUUCAGGCUAGCGCCGACGACAUGGAUAUUGUCAUCAAGGAAUGGCAGAAGAUCAAAGACUCAUUGGCUGGAGUCAAGGAGCAGGUCGAGAUUGCCAUGGAAUGGGAAGAGCUGUCCACCUCUGUCGGCACUGGAAUUGCUCUCGAGCUCGACGAUCUGGCCGGCCUGGUCUUCGAGAUGGAGGAGCAACGACAUCAGUCCGUUACCUCAAACUCAGUCGACGCUGACCAGCACGUCGACAUUGACGAGUUGAAGCACAUUGUUGACGAGAAAGCCGGCACUAGCAAAGCCGCUCCCAAUCCUCGUCUGAGUCUACCUGCUCCCUUUUCGCCUACAUCAACCCUGCAGGCCUCUCCUACCGUAGUCAACAUGGAAGACAACUUGCUCGCUCUAUUCGCUCGCAUGCAGCCUCUGAGAGCAUCUCUGGACUUCUUGCCAAUGCGCCUAUCUGUCUUCCACUGUAGAGGCAACACUGUAUUCCCCACCGCUUGUCUGAAUUUAGAAGCCAGUAGAGAUACCCUCGAGGCUCAAUGGAAGAAGCUCGAAGCUGAUGCCGAGGCCCUGCGUCGUGAACUGGGCGAAGAUCGAUGGCUUUUGGUCUUCCGAAAUGCUGGCAAACAAGCCCUCAAGAUGUGUCAGUCGGUUUCGAGAAGCGUACAAAAGCUUGCAACAGCUCUUGAUCACGAUGAGCAACAUACAGACACGGCUGCGCUAGCGAANAAGAUUGAGAGUUACGAAGCCAAGAAGAAUCAUUACGGCACUGCCAUUGAGAGAGUGCUUGCCAUCAUUGACCGUGGUGUGCUUGAUCGACUAACCGUCAAUGGUGAAAUUCUAGGCCUCCAGUCCGACAUGAAAAGAAAAUGGGCGGGCAUUCAGGCAGAGAUGCGAGAGCUGGACUCACGCUUGCUGGGAGUGAAUCUCGACCUGAGGAAUCAGCAACUACGGGACUCUGUCAGUACCAUUGUCUCAUCUGAGCACUCAAUGACCAGCAGUUUUAUGGACACGCCUAGAAGCUCGUCAGCCUCAUCCGUCAGUCGACCUGAUAUGACACCCAGACGUUCUUCUCGCUUCACUCGCUUUGUCAGUGCUAUCCCACGCCGGACUCCACAGUCGAAGCCUAAGGAAUCGAGACCAUCUUUGAACUACAAGACUUCGCGAAGCAACUUGACCUCUGGAGGAGCUACAUACACGCCUUACACACCUCCACCUGCAGUAGAUCCCCUCGUCCGCCAAUUCAAGGCUCCAGAAAACAAACCUCGAUGGAACAUGGCAACAAAUACGAGAAGCACCUCCCUCCAUUCCCUUCACCCUCCAUCAUCCGAGCCUUCCGCGAAUCGUAGAGUCACACUGCCUCACCGACCUACAACUCCACACUCCACUGGCUCCAAGAUCCCGACCCCAAGUUCAUUCAGUCGCAGUACAAACUCACCUGUACCCUACUCACCAGCUACACCUUCAAAACGGCAUGUCUCGACACCCGCAAGUUCGCCAUUAACCCCACGAGCACAGAGCUCACUGGCACAUUCAUCUUUCUUCAGCAGCGCGAAACCUCGUUCGGCAUCCUCUUCUUUACUGCCAGGUGUGCACCCACCAAGAGCGCCGUCUUCGCUUCGAAAAACCAGUUACUUGUCACCCACACUAGACGACCAUGACGAGAAUGAGGAUCACACAAACACAGAGAGGCUGGCACCUAGACGACAAACAAGAGCCGCAAGUGCUAUGAGCCAUGCCGGUGCGGAGAGGAAGAUCAGUGGAAAUCUGUUUGGAUUCUCGAGGACCAAGCAAGGUAGGAGUGGUAGUAGACUCGACACUGCCGCUUCUGCAGAUGCGGUACGCGAGUGA